AUGUUCUCCAGGGUCGCUACCAAGGCUUUCAAGCCUGCUGGCUUCACUCGUCCUCUGUCGACGACCAGCUUGCUGGCCAAGGCUAAUCAGGGCAGCAAGGGCAGACAGAUGCCCAGCACUUACACUCGGGCUACUGCUCAGCCUGCUUCUGGCACAGAGGCUACCUUUACCAUUCGCGAUGGCCCCAUCUUCCGCGGAACCGCCUUUGGAGCCGACACCAACAUUUCUGGCGAGGCCGUUUUCACCACUUCUCUUGUUGGAUACCCCGAGUCCAUGACCGAUCCUUCCUACCGAGGACAGAUUCUCGUCUUCACCCAGCCUCUGAUUGGCAACUACGGUGUCCCCUCGAAUCAGCGUGACCAGUGGAACCUUCUCAAGUACUUUGAGUCCCCUCACAUUCAGUGUGCCGGAAUCGUCGUCUCCGAUGUCGCUACCCAGUACAGCCACUGGACUGCCGUCGAGAGCUUGGGAGAGUGGUGUGCCCGUGAGGGUGUUCCCGCCAUCUCUGGUGUUGACACUCGUGCCAUUGUCACUCACCUGCGAGAGCAGGGUUCGUCCUUGGCCAGAAUCAGCACUGGAGAGGAGUACGACGCCGACGAAGAUGAGAGCUUCAUUGACCCUGGCCAGAUCAACUUGGUCGCAAAGGUCAGCACCAAGGCUCCUUUCGUGGUCGAGGCACACAACCCCAAGUACCACGUCGCUCUGAUUGACUGCGGUGUCAAGGAGAACAUCCUCCGCAGCUUGGUCAGCCGUGGCGCUAGUGUCACUGUCUUCCCCUACAACUUCAAGAUUCAAAAGGUUGCCGACAACUAUGAUGGUGUCUUUGUCACCAACGGUCCCGGUGACCCCACUCACUGCCAGGAGACUGUCUACAACCUCCGCAACCUGAUGGAGACCUCGCAGGUCCCGAUCAUGGGCAUUUGCAUGGGUCACCAGCUGCUCGCUCUGGCCGCUGGCGCCCGCACCGUCAAGAUGAAGUACGGUAACCGAGCUCACAACAUUCCGGCCCUGGACUUGACCACUGGCCAAUGCCACAUUACCAGUCAGAACCACGGUUACGCCGUUGACGCCAGCUCCCUGCCCAAGGAGUGGAAGGAGUACUUUGUCAACCUCAACGACGGCUCCAACGAGGGUAUGCGCCACUCGACCCGCCCCAUCUUUUCGACUCAGUUCCACCCCGAGGCCAAGGGAGGCCCCAUGGACAGCUCGUACCUCUUUGACAAGUACAUUGAGAACGUCCAGGCUUUCAAGGCUACUCAAAAGGUCUACAAGGACAACAGGCCAUCGCAGUUUAUGCUCGACAUUCUCAGCAAGGAGCGUGUCGGCGUUGCUCCCGACAAGAUUGCCGCAGCUGCCUAA